CUUACCGUCGUCGUCGUAUUCUUUCAUCUCCUUUUUUUUUUUUACUUUUCGGUGUUGCGUGCGAAAGUGGUGUGGCACUUUGUUAUACUCGGUGGCUGCUGCUGCGGUGACUAGUGGCUUUUUUGCCUCGAGUUUUUACGUCAGCUUUUGUCAGAGGUGUGCUUUUUUUCUCUCGAAGAAUCGGCUGCGAAAAAAUGAAAAAUAAAAGCUUUAAUCGAGAUAAGAAAUUGUUGCCUGAGUGAGAUCAGCCAGCGAAAAAAAGAGCCGCAACCGGCGACUCUUCGGAUACUCUUACUGGUGUUGUUUAUCGAUUCCUGUUGUUUUUUUUCCGCAUCGCGACGUCGACAUAGUGUUGGGAAAAGUUUGCGAGAGACGAUGAUGACAAUGAUGAUGAAGGUGGCGCCUCGAUAAUGCGUUAGUGGCGCGUUAAUUACUAACAUAUCUCGGUCUGGUGCCCCCCCCCUGUUCGCCUAGCUUUUCGAUGUGUUUUGAAGAGGCAGUAGGCGACCACCACUGUAGCAGAGGUGGCAGUCGUCUGUCUUGAGGAAAGUUUCACCCAUAUAGAGACGUAAUGACCGGCAUGAUGGGCCGAGGCCGCAGAUAGCGAUCAGCCAAGCCAGCCGGCGAUUAGCGAGGGGGUGGCUGGGGUCGCGAGGGAGUGGGUAUGCGUAUCGGCGUCGGAUAAACCAGGCCAAUAGGGCGGCCUGGCGGUGCAGCCGUGAAUAGCUUAUGGCAUUGUUCGGUAUGGUGUGGAUAUUAAAGUUGAGGCUGCAAAGUAACACGUGCCUGUUCUGUCACCGGAAUAAAAAUGCCGCCAUGGCGGCUUCUUCGGCCGCCGCUGCCUCGUCCAAGGGGGCUGCCCCAGCAGCAGCAGGCGUAGUCGAUGGCGCCGCUAACUUGAUCGAUGCUCAUGGACGUACCAUGGAGUUCAAGAUCAAACGUAAUCGAACUGGAGCUGGAGAGGAUCGCGAUGAGCCACCCGGUGCUCAUUACUGCGAAGUGCACGGCUUUACGCCUAGAGCUUCAGAUAUCCAAGAAUUUUACGAAUUAACUUUAUUAGACGAUAGUAAAUCCAUUCAACAAAAGACUGCCGAAACCAAUCAGAUCGCGAAUAAAUGGGAAGCGACGAACGGACCGAUCUCAUUGUAUUCGAACAAUAACAUAAAUUCUGAGCUAAGAGGGUCGUUACUGCCAUUGACUCAGGCCCUUUUUGAUCAGCCCACAAUCAUUACCAAUGACCAUCAUUCGAGUUUUACGCAGCAGAAAAAGUUGUACAAAGAUGAAGAAUUACCACCGCCUCCGUCACCUCCUCAGCCGAUCAUCGACGACGACGUGGAUUUCAUCAACCUGCAAAGAUCGGAUUUGACGUUGAACCAUCAUCACGUCGUCGAUAAUCAUAUUGAUAUCUCGGAUAGCUGGCAGAGUAACGUGUCCAACGAAGAUGACAUACUUGCUAACUCAGCUCUUCACCAGACUGACAGUUCAUUGGUUAACGGUGGUCCUUCGGAAUGGGAAUUCGAAGAAAUCAUGCUGGAAAAGGCCGGGCCCGGAUUGGGUUUCAGUAUCGCUGGCGGUACCGAUAAUCCGCACAUCGGAGAUGAAACGGAUAUCUAUAUUACCAAGCUGAUCCCGGGUGGAGCUGCGGCCACCGAUGGACGCUUACAGGUUAACGACAUCAUUGUCAAAGUUAACAAUACGUCUGUGGUCAACGUACCUCACGGUACGGCCGUCGAAGCGCUCAAAAAAGCUGGAAAUUCUGUCACUUUGUACGUGAAACGAAGACGAAGAAAAAGCUCGACAGCGACGACGAAAUCGAGCAAUAUAUUAGAAAUAGAAUUGCUAAAAGGCAAUAAAGGUCUAGGGUUCAGUAUAGCCGGCGGUAUAGGCAACCAGCACAUACCGGGCGACAAUGGAAUCUACGUGACGAAAAUUAUGGACGGCGGUGCAGCCCAAGUCGAUGGUCGUUUAGCGGUCGGAGAUAAAUUGGUGGCUGUAAAGAACACUCUGCACGGUGAAAAAAAUCUGGAAAAUGUUACGCAUGAAGAAGCAGUGGCCACGUUAAAGGCGACUCAUGACCGAGUUAUAUUAGUGGUCGGUAAAAUGUUUCCGCCGAUAGUUGCCCCCAGCAGUCCACAUCCUUCUGUCGAUGUACCGAAUUCCCGACCGAAUUCACACGCUUCGAAUACGACGCUAGAUAAACAACAGUAUCAAAAUGCAUCUUCUCGAGCAGUCAGCACCGAAGACGUAACCCAACAGCAGCCAAAAGACGUCCGAACAGUGUCACUAGCCCGUGGUUCGACCGGAUUAGGGUUCAAUAUCGUGGGCGGCGAAGAAGGCGAGGGUAUCUUCGUAUCGUUUAUAUUGGCCGGAGGUCCAGCCGACUUGACUGGCGAUUUGAAACGCGGCGAUCAGAUCCUGACAGUAAAUGGAGGCAGUUUACAGGGUGCUAAUCACGAAGAAGCUGCUUUAGCGUUGAAAAAUGCUGGCCAAACAGUGACGCUUACGGUGCAACAUAGACCGGACGAGUUUAACAGAUUCGAAGCUAAAAUACAAGAUCUAAAACAACAAGUAUCCAAUACCGGAACUCUACUUAGGACUUCCCAGAAACGAUCCUUAUACGUUAGAGCUCUUUUCGAAUACGAUCCGUACAAAGACGACGGUCUACCCAGCAGAGGAUUACCGUUUCAGUUUGGAGAUAUAUUACACGUAACAAAUGCCAGCGACGACGAAUGGUGGCAAGCCCGUCGUGUGCUUCCAUCUGGCAGCGAAGAAGGCAUCGGUAUUAUUCCGUCGAAGAAACGAUGGGAAAGGAAACAAAGAGCCAGAGACCGAACGGUCAAAUUUCAGGGACAUGUGCCAGUCAUGCUCGAUAACAAGUCAUCGACAUUGGACAGAAAAAAGAAAAAUUUCACGUUUAGUAGAAAAUUCCCAUUUAUGAAGAGUAAAGAUGAUAAAUUAGAUGAUGGUUCUGAUCAAGAACCUUUCAUGUUAUGUUACGCUCAAGACGAUGCAACAUCCGAAGGUAUUAGAGUAAGCCGUAUUAGUAUAAUUGAACUACUUGUUGAGGAAGGUAUUCUGUCGUACGAGCCAGUUACUCAGGUGCAAAUAGAAUAUACUAGACCAGUUAUUAUUUUAGGACCAUUAAAAGAUAGAAUUAACGACGAUCUAAUUUCCGAAUUUCCUCAACAAUUCGCUUCUUGUGUUCCACAUACGACGAGACCGAGAAGAGAAAACGAGGUAGAUGGCAAAGACUAUCAUUUUGUUUCAUCUCGCGAAAUUAUGGAGAGAGAUAUACAUAAUCAUUUAUUCAUCGAAGCCGGCCAAUAUAACGAAAACCUAUACGGUACUUCGGUUGCAUCGGUGCGAGAAGUCGCUGAACAGGGUAAACAUUGUAUAUUAGAUGUAAGCGGUAAUGCCAUUAAAAGGUUACAAGUGGCGCAGCUUUAUCCAGUUGCCAUAUUUGUGAAACCAAAAUCAGUCGAGUCCAUUAUGGAAAUGAAUAAAAGAAUGCCCGAAGAACAAGCUAAGAAACUGUACGAUCGUGCCAUGAAAAUGGAAUCCGAAUUCGCGGAAUAUUUCACGGCAAUCGUACAAGGCGACACGCCCGAAGAAAUUUACAACGCUGUCAAAGAGGUAAUUAAAAAUCAAUCCGGUCCAACGAUUUGGAUACCUUCCAAAAACCCUCUGUAAAGAACCCAGUCCGAAGUAUUAUUUUAAAAAAGAAAAAAAAAUACGCGAAUUCUCUCGCGUCCAGUCAUCGCAAUUCAUGAUUUUUUUUUUCUUUCUUUAGUAAUCUCAGUUACAUACUACGUAUAAAUAAUGUGUAUCAAUAACCACGAACUAAUUUUUCUUUUCUUUUUUUUUUUCAAUUUAAUUUAUUUAUUUUUUCCGUUAGCGUGCGAAAGACUUUUUAUUUUUACGUCGUGUCGUAUAUUAAUUAUAUUUUACUCUGUAUUACUACUCAUUUUACGAUUCGAAUGAAGAUGAAGAGAAAAGGUG